AUGAAAAGUGAGCCGUUCCAGCCGGUGGUGUCCGUCGUUGGCUGGGACCGUCGUCCCGUGUGGUGGCUGUCGUUGCGGAUCAGCCGCCGUCGUUGUCACGGUGUGCAUCGACCAGACGCGGUGGCACGAAUAUCGAACCGAUGCUCGAUCUCUUACAAGCCGAAGUGGCUUUCCGUUGUAGAGGAACACGUCACGUUCACCGAAUGA